CGCUGCACUGUAACCCAAGAAGUGAAAGAGCCGGGGACCCGCAGCCCAACUUCGUACCGUAACAAAGGCGGGGGUCCGAGCGGGCCGGGCGCCGCGGGCGCGGGGGGCGCGGGGGCGCGGGCCGCGAGGCCGGCGCCCGGGCAGAGGCGGCGAGGCCAGGUGCUUGCUGCGUCAGCCUGCUUCUCCACCUGGGUUGUGUGCUGCCUCCUCGUGGGCCCCUCCCUGGUCGCUGGGCAGCGGCAGCCCCUCUGAGGAUGGAGAGGUAAGACGUCCCUCAGGCCUGCGCCACCGACAGCCGCUCCGCCACCACGCCCCAUCCUCCCAAUGGAUCGCAGCCGAGAGGCCGAGAUGGAGCUGAGGAGAGGGCCCAGCCCACCCAGGGCCAGCCGGAGCCAGGAGGUGGACGGGGACAGGGCCGCCUGCCACAGCUGCUGCAUCUGUGGCAAGAGCUUCCCCUUCCAGAGCUCGCUGUCCCAGCACAUGCGCAAGCACACGGGGGAGAAGCCCUACAAGUGCCCCUACUGCGACCACAGGGCCUCCCAGAAGGGCAACCUCAAGAUCCACAUCCGCAGCCACCGCACGGGGACCUUGAUUCAGGGACACGAGCCAGAGGCGGGGGAGACGCCGCUGGGCGAGGUGCGAGUGUCCGAGGGCCUGGACGGGUGCGCCAGCCCCACGAGAAGCGCGUCGGCCUGCAACCGCAUGCUGAACGGGGCCGCGCCAGCGGACGGCAGCAAGAUCCUGCUGCGCAGCAGCCGCAAGGAGGCUGAGGGGGCCGCCCCCGGCUCGGGGGAGGCCGGGCCCCUGGCCCAGUGCUCCUUCUGCAGGAGCCAGUUUGAGCGCAAGAAGGACUUGGAGCUGCACGUGCACCAAGCCCACAAGCCCUUCAAGUGCCGGCUGUGCAGCUUCGUGACCCUGCGGGAGGAGUCGCUGCUGAGCCACAUCGAGAGGGACCACAUCACUGCGCAGGGCCCGCGCGGCAGCGAGGCCUGUGUGGAGAACGGCAAGCCCGAGCUGAGCGCCGGGGAGUUCCCCUGCGAGGUCUGCGGCCAGGCCUUCAGCCAGACCUGGUUCCUGAAGGCGCACAUGAAGAAGCACCGGGGCUCCUUCGACCACGGGUGCCACGUCUGCGGCCGGAGGUUCAAGGAGCCGUGGUUCCUGAAGAACCACAUGAAGGCACACGGCCAGGCCGGGAGCAAGAGCAGACCCAAGAGCGAGCCGGGCCCCGUCGCCACGAUCAACAACGUGGUCCAGGAGGAGGUCAUUGUUGCCGGCCUGUCCCUCUAUGAAGUCUGCACCAAGUGUGGAAACCUGUUUACAAACCUGGACAGCUUGAACGCCCAUAACGCCAUACACCGCCAGGUUGAAGCCAGCCGGACGCGAGCCCUGGCCGAGGAGGGGGCCGCAGAGGGCCCCCUGGACUCCAAGCAGUUCUUCCUACAGUGCCUGAAUUUGAAACCAGCCGUGGCUGGUGACGUGCCCCCUAGUGGGCCGGCUGGACGGCGGGUGGCUGAGCUGGACCCCGUCAACAGCUACCAGGCGUGGCAGCUGGCCACCAGGGGCAAGGUGGCCGAGCCCGCCGAGUACCUCAAGUCCGGGGCCUGGGACGAGGCGCUGGCAGGGGACGUGGCCUUCGACAAGGACAGGCGCGAGUACAUCCUGGUGAGCCAAGAGAAGCGCAAGCGUGAGCAGGAUGCCCCGGCCUCCCAGGGCCCCCCCAGGAAGAGGGCCAGCGUGCCUGGGGACCCUCUGCUGUCCAGCCACCUCGACCCCAGGCCAGCUGCACGCCCCAGCCGCCGGGCCACGGCCACGGCGGGCCAAGGCAAGUCCUCAGAGUGCUUCGAGUGUGGCAAGAUCUUCCGCACCUACCACCAGAUGGUGCUGCACUCUCGUGUGCACCGCCGCGCACGCCGAGACAGGGAGGCCGACGGGGACCAGACAGCGCGUGCCCGCUGCGGCUCCCUCAGCGAGGGUGACUCGGCCUCCCAGCCCAGCAGCCCUGGCUCAGCCUGCGCCACUGCUGACUCCCCAGGCUCUGGCCUGGCCGACGAGGCUGCCGAGGACAGUGGAGAGGAUGCCGCGUCUGAAUCUGCCGCAGGGGGACAGCCGCGGCGCUGCUGCUCUUCCGAAGAGGCAGCAUCGACUGUGCUCUCCAACGGAGACCAGAGUCACAAACGUGGAAAUAAUCCUCCAGAAAAAACCACCAGCGAGUGCAAGGCGGGGGUCGCAGCUUCUGUGUCCAUACUUGAAGGCAGUAGCAGAGAGACUUCCAAACGCCCCGAGCAACAUAGAUUUUCUCUUGACUUAAAGAUGCCAGCAUUUCACCCCAAGCAGGAGGUGCCCGGCUCUAGCGACGGAGUGGAUUUCCCCUCUGUUAUGGAAGGAACUGACCUACAGCCUGCACUGGAGAGCCAUGCUGGCCACCCUAAAGAAAAGCUGUCCGAUUUGCACAGUAGAGAGCAUUCUGGGGGAGGAAAGAGGGCCCCCACGGCAGACCUGAUCCCGCUAGAUCUGAGCAUGAGGUCGACCCGGGAUGACCCGGGCAGUAAGGAGGCGGCACCCUCUCUGCACGCUGCUUUGGUCACUCACCCAUGUCCUUACUGCAGCCACAAGACCUAUUACCCUGAGGUUCUGUGGAUGCACAAGCGUAUCUGGCACAGGGUCAGCUACAAUGCCAUGGCCCCCCAGUGGACUCAGCCCAGUGGCCACAAGAGCAUAAGAAGCAACUUGGUCUUCCUCACCCGGAAUGGACGCACGGGCCCCCCGCCCGCCCUUGGGGGCAAGGAGUGCCAGCCCCUGCUCCUUGCUCGCUUCACCCGCACUCAGGUGCCUGGGGGUGCGCCCGGACCCAAAGGCAGCUCUUCUCCCCUGGGAGCCACUGCGAAAGCCGCUAGCAUGCCUAAGAAUAAGGAGAGCCAGCCUGGGGGCCCCUGCGCACUGUGGGCAUCUGGUCCUGACGGGUAUCGACAGACCAAGCCCGGCCACGGUCAGGAGCCGCCCAGUGCUGCAGUGCAGGGACCCCCAGCCAAACCCCGACUGGAGGCCAGCUCCAAGCCAGCGCCUGCCCCGGGCAGUGGGGCCCCUGGCAGAAGUGCCACCCCCACGCCCUCUGUCAUAACCCGGGUGGGUGCCCAGCCACUGACCAACAGCAGGCCGGCGGAGAAGCAUGGUGCGCCCUCAGUGGGGGCUGGCUCGGCCCCUUCAAAUAAGCACAGUGCCCCCGACUCCCUGAAAGCCAAAUUCAGCCCCCAGCCUCAGGGCCCGCCUCCUGCGAAAGGCGAAGGUGGCCCUUCACUACCUCCCCGGGAGCCCCCCUCAAAGGCAGCCCAGGAGCUGAGGACUCUGGCCACCGGUGCCGCAGGGUCCAGAGGGGACGCAGCACUGCAGGCCCAGCCAGGAAUGGCGGGGGCAGCCCCCAUCUUACACUCCAUCAAACAGGAGUCCGCAGCCGAGGGCCACGAGAAGCGUUUGGACAUCCUCAACAUCUUUAAGACGUACAUUCCAAAGGACUUUGCUUCGCUCUACCAGGGCUGGGGCAUCAACAGCCCCGGGCCGGAGCACAGAGCAGGGACACUGCGGACACAGGCGCGCCCGGGAGACUUCGUGUGCGUCCAGUGCGGGAAGAGCUUCCACCAGCCAAGCCACCUCAGGGCCCACGUGCGGGCGCACACAGUGGUGUUUGAGUGUGACGGUCCCCGAGGUUCUGAAGUUCACGCCGCCUCCACGGAUGCUCCCAAACAAGGUGGAGACCACGCUCACACAGGCACCGUGCAGACAGUGCCCCUCAGGAAGGGAACCUAGGACAUGCUGCAGCACCCGCGUGCCCUGUGGCCGCCCUCAACAGUGUCCUCCCCAACGUCCUGGCUGCCUCCCCGCAGCGCCCGUGACCACAGGAGGAAGAGCCGGAGGCCUCCCGACCAGACACCUCAGUCCUGGGCGCUGCAGUGGAGCCUGGUGGCGAGGCCUCUUCCCGCUGGAUGCUUAGGAGGCGAAGAUGCUCAGCCUAGGCCUGUGUAGAUGGCACACGCGCCGCUGCCGCACGGCCCUCAGCAAGCGUGGUGCCCCGGGCACCGUGGGGACUCCAGGCACCCGCACAUCCAAGACAAGUUUGAGACACUGGAAAAAAGAUACUUGUGUGUUGGAUGGAGCAGAGAAGUGAGGAGGAGCCCGGGGCGCGGCGACGUGGGGCCAGGUGGAGCUGAGGCCCGUGGAGCUGGUGCUGCUGCCUCUCCUUGUCUUCGUGGGGCCGACACGAGUGAGCACGAGAGGAAGGAGGCGGCGUUCAGGUGCUGUGGAGACCGGGCGGCGGGGUUCUGGCCGUUCAGAGGCCUGGCCCCUUACCUGCCGGGCCAGCGCCUUCCCCGCGCGCUCGCUCUGUCCACUGUUCUGCUGAGUCCAGCAAAGGAAACACGUCCCUGGAACAUGGCGCUCUGCUUUGGAAAGGAGAGCGAGUGGGACGCGAGGACAGGCAGGCCUCUUUGUUUAUCUCAGGACCUUUUUGUAACAGGGCUACAUUCUGCAAACUGCUCACAGAGGAGGGCUGCACGUCUUAACCCGUUACCUAGCCACCGACGCCUCCCAGUCUGGGCCUGUUGUAGUAAUGACAGAAGAAUCCCUGAGCAGGUUCGGGGCCCCUGGGCACUAGGGCGGGGGCCUCUGCAACCUUCUGCUCCCCUCCCCCACCCCACCGCUCCCUGCACCACCCCAGCAAGUAGGUGUCUUUCCUCUUGGGCCUGGUGACCUCCACAGGGCGAGGAACGUGGCUUACGUCCAGGGGGGUCACCAGAGUGCGGGCGGGGACGCUCUAUAUACCUCUUCCUCGUGGUGCACUGCGAGGGUCGGUGGUGGGGGUUCAGGCCCACGACGGAGGACCUUAGACCAUGCAGUGUACGCAACUUAAUCGUAUUUCACAGAUAUAAAUAUUUUCUUUUCCUAUUGCCGUGACACUAUGUGUGAUGGUAAUAUUUCUGAAAGUUUCAGAUUUUUGCACAUAUGAUUUUAUGCAUUAUCAAAAGUUACUGCUGCCUUGAAUGAAAAUGUUCUGUGAAAUUUUUUGCAAAAGCUUUACUAGUUUUUUUUCUAAUUGUGAAAUUUUGUAAAGGCAGGAAAAUGGAGUAAAAUGAGCAUGCUAAAUAUAUUUUUCAAAAAAGCAAUAAUUUUACAUGUACAGAAAUUAUCCUAACCUUUAAUACUGGUGAGAGCAACAGUUUACUUAAUACAGUAAUGGAUUAGUGCAGUUUUUGUAGAAAAUGGGCUUCUGAUACAAAGACUUGUUUAAACACACACACACACCCCUGAAGUGUGCUUUCCUGUUCUAGUGAUUUGUUGGAUUAUUAUAUUAUUAUUAUUUUAUUGUCAUUGUUAGUUCAUGUUUGACUCUGGAUUCUAUUUGUUACUGAGUUUAAAUUACUUGACAGUUCAGGUGACUGCCACACUUGCAAACAGCGUAACUGCUAGCUUAUAUCUAUCUAUCUAUAUUAUUUUUUUUACUUAUUUUUUCCUGGUAAUCUUACACAGAUACGUACGGGAACGACCUGUCUUGUUGGUGUGCUUUAGGAAUGUCCGCACAGAUACCGUGCCGCGACGUCACGGGUGGUUCUGGGAAGUUACUUGGAGCAGAGUUGCAGAGGCACUUUCCUCUGUCCACCCAAGGCGUCAGAACACCCAUCUGUUGGUUUAUGUCUGAUCAUUUCCAUAGUUUCCCCAAAGUGAUCAUUUCUGCGUUUUCUGACUUUUGUUUUCUCAGCUGAAAGUAAACGAUGACAGGGACGUUUAGGGACUAGCAGUCUGGUCCUGUCUGUUCUCUGUGUUUUAGUUAUUAAAAGACAUUCUGUACCCAAAGUGACACACAGGUGUCGUCUGCGUUCUUCCUGUUUCAGAGCGGCCUGGAGAAGCGCAGAUUCGCCCUCCUUCCCAUCGGUCUGGUGGGGAGAGGGGCGUGCCGGGCUCCCGUGGCUGCGCGGCCUCCGCGUCUGGCUUCAGGGAGAGCAGCGUGCGGACAGCAGCAUGCAGGAUGAGGCGUGUGAGUGCAAGAGUAGGCUCUCCCCUAGUCACGCGGGCCAGCCCCUCGGCCGCCAGCGCGGUGGGCCUGGGGGCUGGCUCCCUUCUGCUGAUCGUCAGUAUUGUAUUGGUUUGUGAGUUUGUGGAUGUCAUUUCAACCAUAGUAUUUAAUAUGAUUUAUGUUUUCUUAUUUAUUUAGCCACUGUGUUUUGAUUCACUUUGUCUGAACAAUGGUCUCCCACGAUAUGCUCCUGUAAGUUGCCUCUGACUGUUCAACUCUCUACUACCUCUGCCCCUUCCGACUCCUUGGUCCCAACAGGUUUUUACAGUGUGGGUCUAGUGCGACAGUAGAGGCUUCGGCAGGCCACACCGCUCCUCUGUGUCCCCUGGCCUGCCCUGCGUGCUUGCUGCUUCCUGGCUCUGCUCGCGCGUCCAGCUCACCGUGACCCUCUGCUUCCCCACUCAGUCUCCUCCUCAUCUUUGAAAUCACAUAACACACAGAGAAUGAGCUUCUAAAAAUCCUUCAGGUUAUUCACUCGUAGUCCUUAAUUCAAAGAAUGAACAUUUAGCUCCUCCCCAGGGCAGAUGCCAGUUGUCCUCUCUGGGGACUUGGCCCCUGUGACUGUCCACAUUCCUGCCUGCCUUCAGCAAAGUCUUAUUGUAAUCUUAGGUGGGUGCAUUUCACCCUCGUCAACCAAGACAGAGUUCGAAGCCACGUGGAUUUUUCCUUUUUGGUUCUAAAAAGUAUUAAAUGUUUUAAGACGUCCCCCCGAUAUUUACUUAUUUAUUUUUUAACCCAAGGAAAACACUGGUUUUUUUUAAAGUAAGGUGCUCCAGGACACAGCCGCAGGAGCUGCGGGAGACCAUGUGGUGGGCUGAGGCUGUCACGCUGCGUCCUCUGCCUGGCCUCUGAGCCACCCUGCUGGGCGCAGGCCCAGGCGUCUCUGUGGGUGCUUGGAGUGCCCAUGGCCUCCAGCCCUCUGGGGCGAGCAGGCGGCUGGCCUGGGUUCCGCUGGUGGCUCUUGGGUGGUGAUUCUGGUCGCUCCCUGUUCUUGAAGAGUGAGGGCAGCUGAGGAGCGAGUGGGGCUUGUCCCAGGUCAGAGGCGGUGCCCGCAGCCUGCCUGGAGGGGAGCACCAGAGGCUUCGUCACACCCUCCAGAACCGCAGCCCAGGCCCCCAGGAGGUCCCAGGACAGAGGGCUGCUCCUGGGCGCUUCCCCUUCCCACCUGGACAGUGUCCGAAGCAACGUUUGUUUCACUGCUUUUAGCUUUGGUGACUUGUAGUUGCAGAAUGUUUUAUUCACUAUGCAAGAAAACAGAAAUCACAGGUGAGGACUUACGGCGUGGCGAGGUCCUAGCCUGCCCAGGUUCGCACACUCCAGAGCCCUGACUCGCCUCCACAGAGGGACCCACCCUGGGCCGCCCGCCAAGGGAAGCAUUGUUCUUCAUCAACUUCCUGACUGUACUUGGAGACAGUAAAAUGCAAAAGACCAUAGAAUUUGUAUUUCUUUUUUUAAAAUACAAUUUAUAACAUUAUAUUUUGUACUCUUUAUAUUAGAAUUUGUAACUAGAUUGAUGUAUUUAACUCUAUUUCUGAAAAAGUAAUUCAGUGUUUCAGUUGUGUGAUAAAAAUAUUUAGAUAAAACAUAUUCAUUCUAUUGGAAUUUGAAAUAAAU